CUGCUAUUCAUGUCACUCCUAAUGAGCCUAAUCCAUAAGAUUUAUAAGUAUGUUAUCUUCCGAGGAAUCGCAUGAUGGCUUGCGAUCACCACUGACCUAUAGAUUUACUUUAAACUUUACGUACUAGAAUUUUUAAGGAUACCUUCGAUGGUUCACACUAACUGAUUUCACUUAUAUACUUCAGGCUACUAUUCCCAAGAGUAUUCCACCUUGUGACAACAACACGCUUGUAUUCAUUACAUACCGUUAGAAAAUACAUAUAUUUCGUUGGGAUACCUGUGUAUCCUUUGAUAAUAAGUUCACUUCCUGUGGUUCGACUAUAAAACUCAACUAACUAUCGGGUUCAUCGUAACUGGCUAUAUACAAACACCAAAAUCCUCACCAAUAACGACAUAAUAUGUCAGAAAACCAACCUUUUUCAGCUGCUAAGCCAAGUGAAGUAGUACAGCGUGUCGCUUUGAUCACUGGUGCCUCGAGACGAAUCGGUGCUGCCAUAGCACGCUGCUUUCAUCGAUGUGGCUUCAAUAUUGUUGUGCAUUAUAACUUGUCAAAAGAAGAAUCUUCUGAAUUGGUCAAGGAAUUAAAUAGUGCUCGCAAAGACUCCGCGUGUAAUAUUCAAGCUGAUUUAAAAGCCGUCAUCCAAAGUACUGCAGAAAGACUUAUUCAAGAAUCAACGGCUGUGUGGGGACGUUUGGAUGUGCUAGUCAACAAUGCUGCAGUAUUCUACCCUACCGUUGUUGGAAACAUAAACGAAGAUGAUUGGGAUAAACUUAUUCAGACGAACUUAAAAGCUCCUUUCUUCUUGUGUCAGGCAGCAUACCCAGCACUGAAAGCUUCUCAGGGCUGCAUUGUCAACAUCAUUGACAUCCAUGCCUUACGACCACUCUCUAACAACUCAGUUUAUUGCAUAUCCAAAGCAGGACUUCACAUGGCAACUUUAACGCUCGCGCACGACUUCGCGCCUCACGUCCRUGUGAACGGAGUCGCUCCUGGUGCGAUUUAUUGGCCUGAAGAGGAAACCGCUGAGUAUGACGACGAGAAAAAGGAGGCAACAAUGGAGAGGAUUCCAAUGGGGAGGAUUGGUGAUGCAAAUGAUGUUGCUUUAGCCGUUCAGUACUUGACUGAAGCGAGUUAUGUAACAGGACAAGUUAUCAAUGUGGAUGGUGGACGAACAUUGAACCAGUAGUUGUUGGAUGUAAUCUAGGGGUAUAUAUGACGUCAUAUCCGCCUUGCAUGUUGACAGAUUCCGGAUUCUUAAUGAAAUUCCUUAUUCCUUAGUGGGAGAGAUCUGGGAACGAACCUCGUAACGGAUGCGAGGAGACUAUGGCGACUACCACUGGAAAAAUUCGCGCGCUUCAAAGGUUGUAAAAUUGAUGUAAAUACGAUG